AGCUCCUGAGGUGUAUUCCGAGAAAUAAUGUUUUAAUCUGAACUCAUUGACGCUUUGACUAGUUGAUGUGAAUUAGAGUUUUCUUUCAUUCUUAUUUACAGAAUUACGGGAUUGAGACAGUAAAAAUACACUUUGAAGGUACAUUUUUUACCAUUUUUAUCUCCAACAGAUUCCGUUAGCAUUAGCUCAUCGUUGCCCCUAACAACCGAGCCAAGCCAAACGCGCGUCUUGUUAGCUCUGCGGCUAACGUGAUUAAACAGCAGACACACCGGCUGAAUGCUGCCUAAAUGUGACCCGGCUUUGUGUCUCUGAGCACCGCUGGAUCAUGGCGGAGGACGGGCGGCGGGGAGAGGAGGAAGACCGCGGUCCCGGAGCGGUUUACCAGGUGUAUGUGUUAAUGGAGAACCUGCUGGAAAAACUGAAACUGCUGCGCUAUGAGGAGCUGCUGGCCCGGCAUAACAUGAAGCCCCUGUCGCGUCAUUACUUUGUAUCCAGUCCAUACCUGGUGGCUAACCCGGGAGAGCAAUUUUUCAUGUUCACUGUGCUGGCGGCCUGGCUGCUGAAUGCAGCUGGGCGGAACUUCACAGAGCCGCAGGAGUUUGACGAGCCCAAUGCCACAGUGUCCAACAUCCUGGCAGAGCUACGGACGUUUGGGGUGAAGGUGGACUUUCCUCCCUCCAAGCUCAAGUCUGGCUCUGGAGAGUACGUGUGCUUUGUGCUGGACCGGCUUGCUGAGGAGGCGCUUAAGAAGCGGGGUUUCUCCUUCAAACGGCCCAUUUACCCCACAGAGAGUACUGAGGAAGAGGAGCAGAUGGAGGAUGAUGCUGAGCUGACCCUGAGUCGGGCUGAAGAUGAGCUCAUGGAGGAGGCAGAUGAGGAGGAGGAAGCCGGGAUGGACCUGGACACUCUCAAACUGCGCUCCACUCACUUGCAGCAAGAGCAGGAGUCCCGCCUGAAGCCUGAGGAGAUCCUGGAGUCCACAGUGGAUGCAGCCGAGUGGAGCCUGGAGGUGGAGAGGGUCCUGCCUCAGCUCAAAGUGACCAUCUGCACAGACAAUAAGGACUGGAGGAUCCAUGUGGACCAGAUGUACCAGCACAGAGACGGCAUCAACUCUUCUCUGCAAGACGCCAAGAGUCACCUGGACAAACUGCAGGAGGAUAUCAGCAAAACUCUGGAAAAGGUCAGCAGCCGGGAGAAGUAUAUCAACAACCAGCUGGAGGCACAAAUUCAACAGUACAGAAGUGCACAGGCUAAACUACGAGAGGUGAGAGAGCAAUACAAACAGGCAAGUGGAGGAGUCACAGAGAGAACCAGAAUCCUUGCCGAGAUCAGUGAGGAGCUGGAGAAGGUGAAGCAGGAGAUGGAGGAGAAGGGCAGCAGCAUGUCUGAUGGAGCUCCCGUGGUUCGUAUUAAACAGGCAGUGAUGAGGCUGAGGCAGGAGACACAGCAAAUGGAGGUGAGGAUGGGCGUAGUGGAGCACAGCCUCCUCCAGGCUAAGCUGAAGGUAAAGAGCAAUAUGACGCGAGAAAUGCACCACGUCCCUGAGAGCGCCACGGGGCCCUUCAGCUGAGGGGAGAGUACCUACAGCUCCCUUCGCGUCAGAGGCCCCGGGGAAGACACCAGGUCACCAAGAGCGCCCCUUGAUAAUAACCCUGUAUAUUUGAAUGUAAUAUAGAGCAAUGCUUUUUAUGAUGGAUGAACUGUCAGCAGCGCUACUAUGGACUCAUACACAGAAAUUAACUAUCCCAGAAGUCUAUGUUUUAAUAUUGUAUAGUUUUUUCAGGAAUCUUUUGGGGAAGGAUCUAUAUAAUACAAAUAUAAUAUGAACAAGUUUAGUAAAUGAGAUGAAUAGCUUUUAUAUCAGUCAGUGGUGUUGAUUCCACAGUGCACCAAUCCAGCACCCAGUAUCAGGACCACUUACAGAAGCAGAGCAGUGGUCUGACCUGGCUCUCCACAUGACGGGGGGAGCCCAUUAAAAUGCCUGUGCCUAAUUUCAAACCAUGAGUCAGAAGCAUGUUUCAGUUUGAACUUUUAGUCCCGCCCACUUAGUCUUUUCUGCUACUGUGACAUUGCACCAGGACACAGAAACUACUGUCUAAGAUGGUCAGACAGUUGUUUUCCCAUGAUUCUUGGUAACAAAUUGCUUGAUAGGAUGAUAAAAGGUGAACCUGUCAGCAGCUUCUGUAUCAGUUAUUAUCUGACCAAAUUAUAUAUCAAAUGAAUAGGUUAUGCUUUUCUGUCUCAAUGUUAAUUUCUCAUCUGGCAGUUUUUACCAGACAAAGUUGAUGUAAAGCAUAUAUCUUGACUAGAAUAAACUAAAAGUAGGUACAGGCCCUUUAAGAAGAUCCUCACAGUGCCUCUGACUGAUGUACUACUGUGUAUACUUUAUAAUAUAUAUUUUUUAUUCUUUUGUAUUGUUCAGGACUAGAACUAUAAUACACCUUGCUUUUAAAAUG